AUGGAUAUCCCUAAAACGUAUCAAAUAAAGAUCAGUGAUCAUUGGUUAUUAGCCAGACAUGAUGUCACCAUAAGUGUUUCAUCCUUUUCUCAGUGCAUGUGCUUUGGAGAUAUGUUUGAUUCGUCUACUAAUGAACUUAUUCUUGCUGAUUUCAGUCAAUACUUCAAAGAAAUCCGCUCCAAUUCAAGAGAUUCUGAGUUUAAAAUUAAAGCAUUUAAAGGAACUAAGCUCAUCAGUGAGAUAUCACAUUCUGAAGCUCCAUCUGGAAUUAUAACUUACAAGUGUAGAGAAAAAGAUAAAAUUGUGUCAGAUUUAGCUGUUGCUGCCGGACCGUACGUUUACGUUUAUCGUAAAUUAUUACCUUUUUAUAAGUACACUUUACCGGUAAUGCAACCUCUGUCUGAUGAGUUUGAACUGUGGGAGCAAGCUAGGCAGGGCCAAUUAACCGCUGAGGAACUACGUGCAGAACUUGAAAAACUGAAGCCCAUCUUGUCUAAGCUUACUGCAAGGACUAUACGAUAUCUUCAGUUACCAUUGGAUUGUUUACAUGAAUUUUUCAACACAUAUCGAGUGGUUAAACUUGAGAAACAGACUAUAGUCACAUGCCUCUCUAGUGUCAGUAAACAACACAGUGGACCUAAUUCUUGGGAUUGCUUAAUCGUUGGCACAGAAUCUUGUUUUGUUUACAUUUACGACUGUGUAACUCACAAUAUUUUAACUGAGAUUGCACUUCCGUCCGUUCCAGUUCAUCUAAAUGCAUUGGGUUCUUAUGAUAUUGAUUAUCACAUUUUAGUGACUUGCCGUAAUGCAAUAAUUUACUCAAUGAAACGUGGAGAAAACCAUACCAAGGCAUUUAUCGACCCUGGAUCACAAAUUGUUGGUUUAGUUCGCUCAAAUAAAGCUAUUAUUGUUGCUUGCAUGGACCAAACAGUCAAAGGCUUUUCAUUAAAGGGUCGACCUGUUUGGACAGUCAGACACUCAUGUGAAAUUGUAACUUUAGCUCCAAUGAAUUUUGUCAGUACAAAUAAUAGAAAUCAUGAAGUUUAUUAUAUUUUAUGCUUGUCAGAUGGUUCAGUUAACAUUUAUUGUGACCAGCAUUUGUGUGAUCAAUGUAUGUCAUUUAUUCCUUCGACUAGAGAUGGUGGGAAUAAUACCAGUGAUAAAAAUAGUAGUUCUUCAGACAAAACCAUUUCUGAUCAUUUGAAUAGUGUAAAGACUGCAGAAAGAGAGCAGAAUAAAAGUCAGUUAGGAAAAUUAAUUGAUUGUCAACUGUUGAAACCUGACCCAAUUGUUGCUUGCCGUUUUGGGAAAUAUGACAGAGAGUCGAACACACUGAUACUUAUAUCUCAAGGUGGACAUAUGUUCAUUUUAAUUGUGAAACGUUCAGCUGCUUUUAUCCCAAUAAAUGUAAUAUCCGAUCGUACGUUGAAUAAACUUGAUCAACUGAAUAUCCCUAAGAAGUCAAAAUUAUUCAUGGAUUUGAUAACUCGUGAACAAUUGAACGCAUCACAAAUGUACCGACAAUUCAUGCAUGAUUUGAGUUUCAUAAAACGUUCAGUUGCAACCACCUUUCUUAAUGUAUUGGAGAGUCAUUCCACUCCAAUUCCAUUAUCUGGUGUUGGCGAACAAAUCAAAUUGGAUGUUCAGGUUCAAGGCCUUGGACCUGAGUAUACUUUGAUUUGUGAAAUAUUUCAGAUGAAAAGCAGUACUAUAUCAAUUGCGAAUGGUUUAUCUAUCCUAAUAUUAUUCAAUCCUUCAAUUUUCCGAGUGAAUCCAGUUUUAAUUCCACUGGCAACAAUUAUCCCUUCUUUAAAAUAUCGUUACACAUCACGUGUUUCUUUGAUCCGUGAUACAUUCAAAGAAGAGGAAAUAAAGGUACUUGUUGUCAGUAGUCAAAAUUCCAGUUCAGUAGUUUCUACAGUGAAGAUACCUAUUAGUGAACCAUUGAUUGAAAAUAUUUAG